AUGAAUUUUCGAAGUCGUUCAUUUUUACUUUCACAUGUUCAACAAAUACUUGAUUUUUAUGAUAAAUCAGUGGAUCCUAAAGGUGGUUUCUAUCAAUUUUAUAAAGAUGAUGGAACAGUUUAUGAUCCUCAUACUCGACAUUUAGUAUCAUCAACACGAUUUAUUUUCAAUUAUGCUAUGGCAUAUGUUCAUUUUAGUAAAGAUGAUUAUCUUAAACGAACACGUCAUGGUAUAGAUUACAUUCGAAAUUUUCAUCGUAAUUCACAAACAGGUGGUUAUGCAUGGGUUGUUUAUGAUGGAAAAAUAGCUGAUGAUACAAAUCAUUGUUAUGGUUUAGCAUUUGUUAUGUUAGCAUAUGCAUGUGCAUUACGUGUUGGUAUUGAACAAGCACGUGAAUGGCUUCGUGAAACAUAUGAUGUAAUGGAAGAACAUUUUUGGUUAAAAGAGAAAGGUUUAUAUGCAAGUGAAGCAACAAGUGAUUGGCAAUUAAAAGAUUAUCGAGGACAAAAUGAUAAUAUGCAUGCAUGUGAAGCUAUGUUAGCUGCAUAUGAAGUUACUAAUGAUGAAAUCUAUUUAGAACGUGCAAAAAUACUAGCUAAAGUAAUGACAGAUAGUUCAAAAGAAUUACAUUAUCAAAUUUGGGAACAUUAUCAUCUUGAUUGGACACCAGAAUUUGAAUAUAAUAAAAAUGUUCGAACAAAUAUUUUUCGUCCAUGGGGAAUUCAAACAGGUCAUCAAACUGAAUGGGCUAAACUUUUACUUAUACUUGAUCGACAUGAUCCACAGCCAUGGCAUCUUGAACGUGCUAUUCGUUUAUUUGAUCGUGCAAUGAAAUAUGGUUGGGAUGAAAAAAAUGGUGGAUUAAUUUAUGGUUACGAUCUUGAAGGUAAUUUAUAUGAUGGUGAUAAAUAUUUUUGGGUACAAUCUGAAAGUUUAGCAACAGCUGCUUUACUUGGUGAUAGAUUAAAAGAUGAAAAAUAUUGGCAAUGGUAUGAUAAAAUAUGGGAUUAUAGUUGGAAAUAUUUUGUUGAUCAUAAAUAUGGUGCAUGGUAUAGAAUAUUGACACCAACAAAUGAAAAAUAUUCUGAUGAAAAAUCACCAGCAGGAAAAACAGAUUAUCAUACAAUGGGUGUUUGUUAUGAAGUACUCAAUGUUAUUGAUAAAGAAUAA